AUGCACCCGUCUCUUGCGGCCCGCCGCGCCGCCGUGUCCUCCUGGACACUGGCUAAUGGCGCACAGAUCCCCAAGAUCGGCUUCGGCACGUGGAAGAUGAACAAGGAGCAGGCGCUCAGCUCCGUCGGACACGCCCUCAAGACGGGCUACCGGCACCUCGACUGCGCCUGGGCGUACCGGAAUGAGGACGCCGUCGGCGAGGCGAUCCGCAAGUCGGGCAUCAGCCGCAACGAGCUCUUCAUCACCUCGAAGCUCUGGAACACGUUCCACGGCGACAACGUCGAGGCCGGCCUCGACGCCACGCUCAAGGACCUCGGCGUCGACCACCUCGACCUCUACCUGAUCCACUGGCCCGUCGCCUUCUCCAACCCCAACGUCUCGCAGAUCUCGUCGAUCAAGUCGCAGACGGGCCGCCCCGUCGAGGUGCCGCACCUCUCCGGCGACAUCACGGCGACGUGGGCGCGCAUGGAGGAGAUGGUGCAGAAGGGCAAGGUGCGCAACAUCGGCAUCUCCAACUUCAACAUCCGCCGCACCGAGGAGCUGCUGGCCGCGUCGACGACGCACAACCCCGUCAUCAACCAGGUCGAGGUCAACUUUGGCGUCGCCAACGAGGAGCUGCUGCACUACUCCGAGGCGCACCAGAUCAUGCUGCAGGCCUACUCGCCGCUCGGCGGCAGCGGCUACGCGCAGGGCUACCUCGAGGACCCCGUGGUGCAGGACGUGGCGCAGCGCAACAACAUGACGCCCGCGCAGGUGCUGCUGGCGUGGCCCAUGGCGCGCGGCAUCAUCCCGAUCGUCAAGAGCAACACGCCGCAGCGCAUCGAGGAGAACUUUGCCGCCGCCGAGAAGAGCAUCGCGUGGGACGACGUCGUGCACCUGACGCGCGAGAGCGAGGCGCGCGGCAUCGAGCGCACCGUCGACCCCAGCGAGGCGUGGGAGACGGACCUGGACAUCUUCGAGGACGGCAAGGACCAGACGCGCCUGCUCGGCCUCAAGAAGACGUCGCUGGAGGUGCCGCCGGCACACAAGGCCGACGGCUCGCACUUCCUCGAGCCGCGCAACGACCCCGAGGCCAAGCCCAUUGGCCCCGGCGGCACUGCCGUGCGCGAGAUGCACUCGCUGGCCAACGUCGCCAGCAGCUCGCGCGUCAGCCGGCCGACGGCGCUGCAGGUGGCCCUUGGCGGCCGCCGCGCCAUGUCCUCGUCGGUGCGCGCGCGUGCCGCCGCGGCGCCGUCCACCAGCGGCGAGGCGGCCCCGCCGUCGGCGUCUGAGACGCCCGCCGUGAGCGCCAGCCCGCUGCUGGCCAACUCGUCGAAGGCGGCGCUGCGCACGCCGGGCCUCAAGUUCACCGAUGGAGAGGACGGGGUCACGCGCGAGACGCGCAAGAUGAACCUCUACACGGUGCGUCGCGGCGCGCGCUCCUUUGCCUCUGUCGCCGCGUCUUCCGCACCGUCGCCCGCUGCGCCGUCGUCGCUGGAUGUGGCCCCGGUCGCCCGCCCCGGGCGGACGUACACGGCGCGCAAGGCGUUCCUGUACGAGCAGUACGCGCGGCUCAUCGCCGAGAGCCCGCUCAUGAUCGUCUUGACGCACCACAACCUGUCCGUGGCGGACGUGUCGCGCAUCCGGCGGGACCUGGCCGCAAUCCCGGCGCCGGAGGAGGGAGUGCAGGCGAGCCUGACAACGGUGCGCAGCGGCGUGCUGCGGCCGCUGCUGCGCAACCACGCCUCGCUGGGCGUGCAGUCGCUCGAAGAGGCGCUCGAGGGCCCGACUGCCCUGCUGACCGUCGGUGCCCUCUCGCCCUCCCACCUCAGUCGCGUGCUGGCCGUGCUUGAGCGCCACUCGGGCGCAAAGGCCAUGGCCGCGGCGGCGCAGGAGGGCGCGGCGCCGGCAAAGGUGCCGCGCAUCGUGCCGCUCAUCGGCCUCGUGCAAGGGCGGUCACUGCGCCUGCCGGCGCUCAAGGCUGUCGGCGAGCUGCCCGACCUGGCCACGCUGCGUGCCCAGCUCGUCGGCCUGCUCUCGUCGCCGGCGUCGCAGCUGGCCGCCGUGCUGAGCCGUGCCGCCGGCGGCGACAUUGCGCUCGCCCUCGAGGCGCGCAAGCGGUCGCUCGAAGAGCCGUCCGCUUGA